UCAGCAUUAUGGUCCAUAUCAAUAUCUUCUUGUAAGCAUAAAUAAUCCCUAUCUUCUAUCCUGUAAUCUCAUCUAAGAAUAAAAAAAUCAGCUUCAUCUUAUCAGCUUCAUCAUAUGAGAUUUUUCAAAAUCUAAAGAAAAAUUAUACAACUUCAAAUUGAGAGAAGAAGGAAUCUAGAUCUAAAUCCAAAAAAAAAAAAGGAAAAAGAAGAGUUUUUUUCUGGUGAAGUCCCCGUGGAGGCUAUCAUGGUCCUCCACCUUCACAUGCUCUUUCCAAGUGCUUUCCUGGCUCUCCCAUAAAUAUAUCAGCGCCUGGAAAGAAUUUGAAUGCCUUUAGAUCUCCUCAUUGUGGAUGGGCUAGGGAAUGCACCAAAAAGAGACUUUGGAGUCCGUGGUCCACCAUCUCCCAGGCUUGAAGGCAGGUUUCCAGAUCAUAGCAUGCAUAUAGAUCAACUGGAUUAUCUAGACGAUGACUACAAGGGAAGUAGAUUUGAUAGGUCAAUGCCAAUGGAUUGGGGACAUGGAGACUGUGAAAGGGGCAACUUCUUCAAUGAAAGGAAAGGGUAUGAGAGACGACCACCAUUUGCACCUCUACCUCCACUUUUACAACUUCCUCCCCGAGAUAGAUCACCAAUAAGGUUCUCCUCCGCCAAAAAAAUAUUGACAAGAUAUGUACUGUGCAAAUUGAUGGCCCUUGGAAAAAAAUAGAGGGAAGAAUACCAAAAAAAUGACUUUGGGUUUUACUUCUUAAGACUCAUCAUGCUGUCGGUUGUGUUGCUCGGAUUGCUACACUCUUCCGAUAUUGCUACACUCUCCAAUUCAAUUUCCUCUCCAUAGGUUUUGUUGGUACUUGGUUGAGAAUUAAAGGAAAAUAACAAAAAUUUUGGUAACUUAGGAGAUGCUGACAUGGAUGCAUAAAACUGACUUGGAAUUCAAUUAGAGUAACAUACCUUUCUUUAAAAAUAAAAUUUAAAAAUACUCUAUUUUAAGAAUUAAGAUUUUAAACUAUCUUCAGGAAAAAACUCAUUCUUUUCAUUACAAAUAAAAGGCGGGUUUGAGAGUGUAGGUGUGCAAAAAUAGACGAAACCAAGAGAAAUUCCUCAAAUGGAGUACCAAUCUCUUUGCUUCUUACCCUUUCUAUUCCUCUUUAUCUUUUCUGUAUUCAAGGCUCUCACAAAAUGGAAAAAAACCAAAAACCAUAACCGACGACCAAAGUUGCCUCCUGGACCACCAAAAUUGCCUCUCAUAGGAAACUUGCAUCUCUUUAUUGGCACUCUUCCCCAUCACUGCCUAAGAGACUUGGCCAAGAAACAUGGGUCGGUGAUGAACCUACAAGUCGGUGAGAUAUCCACCGUUGUAAUUUCUUCACCGGAAGCUGCACAACAAGUCUUGCAAACCCAUGACGUGAACUUUGCUGAUAGGCCAUAUUCUCUUGCUGCCAGUGUCUUAAGUUACAAUUUUAGUGACAUUCUGUUUGCCCCAUAUGGAGACUAUUGGAGACAGCUGAGAAAAAUCUGCACACUGGAGCUUCUAAGCAUGAAGCGCGUGCAAUCAUUCAGGCAUAUCAGGGAGGAAGAGGUUGCAGAUUUUAUUAGGCAGAUUUCUUCCAAAGCAGGAUCGCCAGUUAACCUUAGAAAGAGAUUACGGUCUUUAACUUAUGCCCUCAUUUCAAGGGCUGCCUUUGGAGCAAAAUACAAAGACCAAGAUGAUUUCACAACACUUGUCCAAGAGGAAUUAAUAGAUGCCUUGGGUGGUUUCAACCUUGUUGAUGUAUUCCCAUCGCUGAAACUGCUUCAUGUUAUUAGUGGAACAACCUCCAAAUUCAAGAUGCUUCAACACAAGAUCGAUAGGAUUCUUCAAAACAUCAUCGAUGAACAUAGAGCUAGAAAAGAGUCAAGUACAAGCUGUAAGAAGGAAGCAAACGACCUUGUUCAUGUUCUCUUAAAUCUUCAAGAUCAUGGGGACCUUAAGAUUCCACUAACAGACUCCACCCUUAAGGCAGUUAUUAUGAACAUGUUUGCUGGUGGGGGUGAGUCAACGGCAACUACUUUAGAAUGGGCAAUGUCUGAAAUGUUCAAAAAUCCAAGAGUUCUUAAAAAGGCACAGACAGAGGUGAGGCAACUCUUUGGUAGCGAAGGAGAUGUUAAUGAAGAAGGCCUGCAGGAUUUAAAAUACUUGAAGCUUGUUGUCAAAGAAACCCUCAGACUACAUCCCCCUGCUCCUUUGUUAGUUCCAAGAGAAAGUAGGGAAAGAUGUGAAAUCAAUGGCUAUGACAUUCCACCUAAAACAAAAGUAAUUGUUAAUGCAUGGGCCAUUGGAAGGGACCCUAAUUACUGGGUCGAAGCUGACAAAUUUUAUCCGGAGAGGUUCCAUGAUAGUUCAAUUGACUUUAAAGGAGCUAAUUUUGAAUUUAUCCCGUUUGGUGCUGGGAGGAGGAUAUGUCCUGCGAUGUCUCUUGGGAUAGCCAAUAUUGAGCUUCCGCUUGCAAAUUUGUUGUACCAUUUUGAAUGGAAAUUUUAUGAUGGAAGAAAACUUGAAGAUAUAAGUAUGACAGAGGUCUUCGCUCUCUCAGUAACGAGGAAACAUGAUCUAUGCUUAGUUCCAAUUCCUUACUGUCCAAUGUUGAUAGAGUGAUGUUGAUAUACUAGGGAGAUAGUAUGUUAAAAAUGGGCCAAUAAACUCGUAGCCUCCUUUCCAUAUUUCGAAGAACAAGACUUCACAUGUAUCAGGGUGAAACAUCUACUGGCUUUGCUCUUUUCUAACUUUAUAAUUGUAUGCAAUCAAGAUUGUGCAAUUUUAUUUUAUUGUAAUUCACCUUUUACUGUUACCGAGUAAAAAAUAGGAAAGUUUACAUAUGUCUGAGCCUCAUAAAACAUAUUUAUAGGCUUUAAUGAGUAACAAAAUAUUAUCCCAUACAUAGGUCAGAAGAGAGUAGAGCUUCAGUUAUUGCACAUUCUAGCUCUCAUGGAGAUUGUACUAAUAAUUCCAGAUUGUGUAAUGGUACAGUGGAGGAUGAGGCGGUCCAUAGCUACAAAACUGCUUGAUGGGGAUGACUAGAGUGUAUUAUAAAGCUUAUAGGGUGAUCGAAAAUUUUAGAAUCAAUGGAGAUUUUGACAUUUUUGUCAAUAAAAUUUUGGUAGGUAGUUCCUUACUGAAUUUGAGGACAUGGAAAUAUUGGUCACCAUGAAAAACCUGGGUUUGUCAAAUUUGAAAGAAAUUGUUGAAUGGGUAGAUCAGUUUCAAAUGAAAUAUCAUGGUGGAUAAGGGUGGAAAGAUCAGGGAUGACAUAAUGAAUGAAACAAAUGGUAAAUUGGUAGCAGAGUUUGAUGAAAAUUAUUGUUUCAUCUCAGAGUAGAAGAAUCUAAUGAUAUGAUGAGGGUUAAAGUGGGAGUGGUGAGGCCCAUGGAAGACAAUGGGAGUGGCCCAUGGCCUAGAGAUAAGAAAUAAUAUCCAGAAUCCAAGUUGGUGCGUUGCUCAGGUAAUAUUCUGGCUUUGCAGAAGAUAAGAAUCCCUUGGCUCUCUGUCUGAUGACUAUGGGGCCGACAAUAAUAACAAUGAUUGCACGGGAGAAAUUCUAGAAGAAAAAGGACGAGAGCUAGAAGCUAGAUAAAACUUAACGGAGCUCUUCUACUUAAAACACCUAGUGGAAGGAUGAAAAGGGAAAAAAAAAGGCGAAGAAAAAUCAGAGAUCUGUCAAUAAUAAGCAAAGUGAAGAAACCAUUGCGAAUGCUUCGUCGUCAGAUAGGGACUUUUUUUAGUAGAGGCAGAGCGCUGUGCAUGAAAAAGCCUAAGUCGACAUGGGAGAUAGGGAUGACGAUUGGUAUGUUUGUAAGCAAGCAAUAUCAUAAAUACAUAAACUUAAGCAAAAAAACAUAUGUCGCAAUUAAGCAAAUCGAUUUGGACAAAUUAAACCCUAACAACAUGCGAGACUAUGAAUCAAGCUUUGCACUUCUAGCAUAAACUGAUUAAUGCAUAAACUAUUAAAUUUAAGCUUAACUUAACUUACUUAACCCUAAUUGAAACCGAAUUACUCCAAAAGGCAUGCAAACAUGUCAAAUUAAAAUAGAUUAAACUAAGAAUAGCAAAUUAAAUUAAAACUAAAUUAGAUUAAGCUUAACACAUGCAAAUCGAAUUAACUUAUUGAAUUUAAGCAUGCAAACAAUAAUUUA